AUGGUCUCUGUUCGCCUCUUCCGCAACCUUUCGGUAGCUGUCUUUGGUAUGCUUGGAGUCAAGGCUUUCGAGAAUCCAAGACGUCACCUUCUCUACCGUGAGUACCGUCAGUCUCUGACUCGCGUCUGGACUUCGGAUUGGACACCUGGCCCACAAAGCUGACGCAUCUGGCAUUGGUAUCAAAGGUGUCGUCAACGCCCCUCUGGAAUGGGGAAUCAAUGACAUCAAGAAACACUGGGCGACACAUUGUGUGAAAGCUUGUCACGAUCAAGGAUCGUUCAUCGCGACUGAAGAUGUGGGCUAUUUUUCCUACGACCCAACUACCUACUUGUACUGCUACGAUGAGUGAGUCAACAUUGCUAUGGUCACACGACGUGGCUCCACAGCAGACAUCUCACGCCAAGAUGCUCGUCUUGCAUCUGCGCGCUCCGUCGAUGAUCGCAGACACGAGCAAAGCUGGGCCACUGAAGCGGCAGACACUCUCAAUCAGGAGAAUAUUGCAAACGCGCAGUGGGGUCAAGUGGUAGGCUUGUUCUCAGUCGCGCGUGUCGGCUAG